AUGGCCGAGCACACCGCACAGCUGCAUCCGCUGGUGGAACGGUUCCCCAUGGACGCUGCCUCCACCGAGCCACAUGAAGUGGAGCGUUACUUCCAGAAUAGGGCCGUCCAGUUGCUCUCGAGCGGGUGGAAGUUCACGGGCAAGUAUGAGCGGUUGGAGUGGGGAGCAAUCACAUCGGCGGUUCAUGAGGGCGAUCCCAGCAAGGUCUAUCAUACCGCCUACAUCUACGCUGAUACGCGUGCACAGGGAGUAUUCACAAGCUGGAUCAAGUCUCACCCGGACCACGCGAUUGUAACCACCCCGGACUGCGGCCUGGAGGCAUUCCUGACCAAGCACAGCAUCCCCUACGCCGUGGCACGCAAGCCGCAGUUUGAGGAGUAUGAAAUGGUAGAGGCCUUUUACGGCAACAAAGUCACCCGACGCAGUGGUGUCCAUUUGAUCAACCACAUCGACGAGGGGCUUUACAUCCUCAAGCGUAUCGGGGCGAGCGAGUGGGCCCAGAGAGCCUACGCCAUUCACCCGAUCCUGCAGGGCGAUGAUGAGCUGGCGGCCUUC